CUUUAGGAUGCAGGGAGGCUUCCUGUGGUACUGAACUGCCUGUAUGAUGAAUCAGAGUCAUCAGUGGUCUGCAGAGACGUUCAGCCUCUGUUUUGAAUCCAUAAAUGACUCCUGCGUUAAGACAGUCUAUUCUCCGGUGUUCCGUGCUCCUCUAUACCUCCUCUUUAUUAUUGCUAUCAUUCUGAUAGUGUUUGGUAACCUGUGGGUCAUCUGCACCAUCUCCUUUUUCCAGCAGCUCCACACACCCACCAACUACCUGAUCCUCUCAAUGGCCGUAUCGGAUCUGCUUCUGGGCAGUUUUGUCAUGCCCCCGAGUAUGUUGCGCUCUUUGGAAACGUGCUGGUACUUUGGUGACUUUUUCUGCAAGUUUCACUCUGCUACUGACUUUACACUGUGCAAUGCAUCUGUUUUACACCUCGUGUUCAUCUCGAUCGACCGAUAUUAUGCAGUUUGCCAACCGUUUCACUAUCAGAGCAGAAUGACCACACGUGUGAGCGUAUUCAUGAUCCUGAUCAGCUGGAGUUUCUCUGCCUUUUUCGGCUUCGGUAUUAUAUUCUCAGAGCUGAAAAUCGAAAAAAAAAGAACCGAGGAGUUGCAUGUUGCUUGUAAAGGAGGAUGUUUAGCAUUGCACGGCCGAGAAAUCGGAGUAACGUAUUCGCUUGUGUUUUAUUUCCUCCCCAUGUUUAUAAUUGUCAGCCUGUACAGCAGGGUUUUCAUUAUAGCACUCAAACAUGUCCGUGUUAUAAAUAGCGCCGCAAGCUCAUUAUCAGCUACUAAAAUGGAUUUGAAAGCCACUAAAACGCUUGCUAUCAUCAUUGGAGUUUUCAUGUCUUGUUGGACGCCUUAUUUCAUGUGCAACAUCAUCGAUCCUAUUGUCAACCAUACAAUACCGGCUCUGCUGUAUGAGGUUCUGAUGUGGGUGGCUUAUCUGAACGCAGUGUUCAACCCCUUGGUUUAUGCCUUUUUUUACAGCUGGUUCAGAGAUAAAUCCAAACUUUUGUUGGAGAAAUUGUAUAAAUUGUGCUAAAUCUGUAGGCCAAUCUGCUCUCUGCUUAAUUCCUUCCCUUGUGUUUGUACAUGUGAAAUGUUUUAGUAGAUUUUACAUAGGAAUAACUAUAAUUCGUUACAGACCAUUUCAAUGUGGUGAUGUCACUGACCCAUGAACAUUUUCAGCUGGCUGUCUAACUAUUUCAUAACAGUAAAAAAAGUGGGAAUUCAAUCAUAGCUCGAUAUUAAAACAGCUAUCAUAACAUUAUUUAUCAACAUGUGGACCUUAUUCUCAGGAGCUAUGAAAAUGAAAACAUGUAAAACAGGAAAUACAUUGGGACCAGUCAUUGUUUACGUUCUUCAAAAUGAUCGAUAAUCCAUGUCAAGCUUUGAUUUAUUAAAUGCUUUUAACACCUCACCACAUUUAAAAUUCCCACUUGAAAACUUCAGGUGAUAUGCACUGCAUAGUACAUGUUUGCAUAGUAUAUAGUAUACUAUAUCCAGAUAGUAAGUUAGUUUAUUGAUAUAGCAGAUUUUUUUUACAAUGCAACGUUGUCCAAAGUGCUCAACACAAUCAAUACUAAUUAAAAUAAUAAGUCAUACAGCUUAUACAUAACAACUGAAGCAUAAGACAAACCCCUCAACGUUAAAAAUUCUCAAAUGCUAAUAAACAAAUUCAGAUCAAUUAAGACAUUUUGUGUGUCAUUUAUGUUUUGCGAAUAAUGUACUGAAACACAUCUUAAAUAUGAUGCAGCAACAGGUAACGUUAAAACACAGUAAUCCUUAUCAUAUAAUUAUAUUUAAUAUUCAUAUAUGUUUUUUAACAUGUAGAACAAGCUUGCACUAAUUCAAUUUCUUUUAUAAACCACAUUCCUAUUUUCUGCUUUGUUGUCCAUAAUUACGUUAUGCUUUUAUCAUAUUCAUUUGUAUUGCCUUUUCUGAAUUAUGUCGGUAAUUAAAUGCUUCUUGAGGAUCAAA